UGUCGGAUUCAAGCAACAAGCAUACACUCUACAGGAACUGACGGAUCGGAAUCCCAGCACAGUGCCAGUCCAGUAAACAAACGAAACAGUUUCGCUUCUCAGUUUUCGUCGGCGUACUAAUUGCGUAGUUUUCUCCCAGAUGGAUGGCGGUUAUUCGCAAAAUGUCGCAUUUCGGGAUACCCGCGAAUCGGUUGCCAAUCUAUCGCGUAGUCCAUUAGAGACUUCGCUGCUCGGGUCAAACCCCACUACCGGUGUGAGGCGUCCAGUGCCGGCUGUGGCUACGGCCGGUAUUCAACGGCGUCGAGUGAUAAAGAAACACAUUCAACAGAAGUAUAUGUUGUGCGGUUUCGUAAUCCAUGCAUUUCUUGCUACUCCCGCCUACCUGUAUGGUAACGUAGUCGAGUCUGACAAGGAUAUGGUUCUUCGCAUAUGGCCAGCAAUUGUUUAUAUGGCUACCGGGCAGCUAUGUCGCAGCAUACUUGAACAUCUAGAUACUGAAUAUCAUGGACGUACGAGGGAAACUGCUAAAUAUCGCCGAGUAUUCCUUUUGGCUACCUUGAUCACUUUUUGCUCCCUUAUGAUAAGCGGCAUAUUUUUCUCCUCGGCCUGGGUUCUGGUUACGACGACGACACAAAUUAUAGCCAUUGUUUUUUACGGAUUUUUUGGAGGUAUUGGCGCUAGUUUAUUCAUUUGGAAGACGCAUGUCAUCCUGGAGGCUGUACGUCCCCGCGAAGAUAAGUUCGUGUGUAAAACAAUUCACUUGUGCGGUGAAGCUUUCUGCCAAUUGUUUCUCUCGUUCGCCUUUACCAAUCUACGCACGCUUUACGGGACUUCCCAGUCCAUAGUCUUGAUGUCGGCCCUUUUGGUGAAUCUCAUACCUAUAAGUCUAAUCAUUACCCGUCAUCGGGAGGGAGCCAUAACGCAGCGCAUAUCAGUUAUAAAGACAGACGCCUCGUUGACGCCAUUACACCAUCAGUUGGGGCGAUAUGCCAACACGUUUGCAGAUCAAUUGGACGGCAUUGAAUUGCGCACAUGGAAAAAUCCCCUUAUAGAACAUCACAACAGCGUGACCGCCAUGGCUAUGGGUGACAAUCGGAAUUACAUGUUACCCCCAGAACAAGUAGAUGUUACGUUCAUCAACCCCAAUGGCGUUGAAAUAAUGGAAAUCAUACCUGAAGAAGACGAAACUGUAUCGGUUUUGCGCUCCAGUUCUGCCACCAUUGAUAACUAUGGCAGGGCAAGUAGUGUGGGCACUUCACAACAAAUGCAAAAGUCCAUAUCCAAUGGCCUGCAAAUGAGCAGAGAAGGUUUUGUGGAUUCUGGCUAUAGCAAUUUGGAUAAACUACACCAAUUUUCCAGAGAUGUAACAUCUCAUUUAUGGUUGAAUCUAUUGGACAAAAUUGCAGUACCCCUAAAGAGGGCUGUGUUAGUGCCUCAGUUGUAUCCAACAACGUUCUUAUUGUCGGCAGACAUUUUUUCCUAUGUCAUGUGUCUGACCGUGCUUCCUGGUUUGGCCGUUAGCCAUCAUGCCAUUAAAAAUGCCGAAAUACCAUUUCUGUUCUCAUUGCUUGCAUUUCCCUGGAUGUGUUUUUCACUGAUGACUCCGAGAUUUGGCAAUAGCUUGUACAAGCAAAAGUUCCAAUGGCACACUUUGGGAUGCAUAUCGAAGGGAUUGGCACUGAUAUUUAUAAGUUUUUCAACCUCGAAACUUUUGCUGAGUGUCUCUGCAGCUCUUCUGGGAUUCGGACAGUCGGUGACGUUGUUUCUGCAGGACUGGGUGUUGCAAAUGGGUAUGACACAGGCCCAGUGGAACGCCAUACGAUAUCCGGUUCAUUUUACAAAUGGUCUCCUCAUCUUGGUUUGGGGUCUUAUGGCCCAUUGGGUAGUGGAGCACUAUACAUUUCAAGCAAGUGUGGGUUUAGCAGCUGCAUUGUAUGCAAUUAGUAUUGCUCUAUGGAAUUUAGUGUAUUUGUGUAUUAGUUGUAAGAAUUGA